UGAACUUUAUUUUCUCUGACUUUGGACAAAAUUAUAACCCGAUCGAUCCGCAAUCUGCCCCCGCCGUCUACAUAUAUUUUCCGCGGCCGAUUCCCUCUCUUUUUUUCGCUCUCGGUCGCUGGUCAAUUUUUCCGACGCCGGAGCGCCUCGAUCGCGCCUUCACCGGACAGAUUGAAACUCUGUGUGUGAUGUAGGGGGGGACUCCCGCACCGCGCGCUUUCUCCACCGCUCCUCCACUCUUCCACUCUCUCCUUCACUUCUCCACCAACACUCCUCCUCCUGCUUCUCAACACUCCUAACAUCCAUCUAUCCAAGCUUCUCCUCCACGGUUCUCCUCGGCUCCUUGUCUGGUGCGCUCCGGCAACUCCUCGCGCUCUCAUCACGUGCGGAGCAAGGGGUUAGCUCACCCCUACCUACUACCUAAACCACCCACCCCUACCUCCUCCUCCUCCUCCUCCUCCUCUUACUUCUCCUCAUCUUCCUCCACGCGCCCUGUCCCGCAAAGCGCCGCGCUCAGACUUGGCAGAAGGGGGCACGCCGGGAAAGAACCUGUAUGGUGGGCGACAUUUGUUUUUUUCUUUCAUUCCUAAAGUUUUUAAAGUAGGACAGGGAACAGGGGUAUUGUUUGAUAUAAUGCCUCUAGCUGUAGUUGUUUCUUUACCGUGCCUUCUCGUGUAGCGCGUGGUCAGCGGUGGUGCUUGUAGAUGACCGUGCAUGACAUGAAUCUUUUCGACACUGGACGCAACCAAUGCAACUUGUGUGUCAGCUGAUUUUCUGUGGUUUCCAGUCGGUGCUCUGGGGGGCAAAUCCUACCCGCAACCAAAGAGGAAACAGCGCCAGAAUAAUUUCUUAUCGCGGAGCAGCAGAAAUUCAUUUGAUAUUCUUAACGGAUCCAAAGACAUCCCGCGAUUCCCAGUCCGGUUCAGGAAGGGCUCCGCGUUCCGUCUCGGGCUUCGGCCCGCGGUUUCCACCUGAGGCACCCCCACUCCGGAAAUCCGGUGCAGUGGAGGCAUGGACUGUAACUGUGUUAGUGACCUGCUGCUCACUCCACCUGUCCCAGCCCUCUGGACACCAGGCUUCGCCUUCCCAGAUUGGGCCUAUAAGCCGGAGUCUAGCCCUGGCUCCAGGCAGAUCCAGCUGUGGCAUUUCAUCCUGGAGCUGCUGCAGAAGGAAGAGUACCAGGGGGUGAUUGCCUGGCAGGGAGACUAUGGCGAGUUCGUGAUCAAAGACCCGGAUGAAGUGGCAAGGCUGUGGGGCAUUAGGAAAUGCAAGCCUCACAUGAACUACGACAAGCUAAGCCGUGCGCUAAGGUACUACUACAACAAGCGCAUUUUGCACAAAACUAAAGGAAAGCGCUUUACCUACAAAUUUAACUUCAGUAAGGUGGUUCUGGUCAACUACCCGCUUUUGGACAUGGCCAGCUCUCCGUUCCUGCUGGCCCAAAACCACUUCAAUGGAGGAGCGGCCACCCCAGACUGCAGCCCUGUCACACCUGAGGCCCUGCAGUCUUUAUUCCCCCGUUUGCCUGACUCUGGUCGAGGGACGUCUCUGUUUGACCGCGGUGCGGGGGCCCCGGGGCCAGAAGGGGAUAAGCUGAGGCUGGACACUUUCCCUUUCCUCGGCUCAGGAACCCCUUGUUACUCUAAACCUCCAUCCAUGUUGGGUCCUUACCCCCGUAACCCUGCUUUCGACUACUCAUGGGGCUUCAACCCUUACCUCCCUGGAGCUUUCUCGCUAAACAACUGUCCCAAACUGCCCCCGGGCUCCCUGUACCCCUCACACUUCUACCCCAACCCACUCCAGUCGGGCCUGUCCCAGCUGCCCCAUCCCUUCUCUUCUCUACUGCCCCCUGGAGACACAGCUGGAGCAGAGCGGGGUCAAUCUGGAGGAACCACCAACGGCUCAGCAGGCAGUCAGCCCCCACGACUCUGCAUCCCACCCUACCCGGGUAGCCUGCUGCAAGGCCGGACCGAGCUGGGCAACCUGGUCCCAGGCCUUGGUGAGAGGGAGAGGGGGGAGGCCAACAACAACGUUUUGGGAUCAGGUGGAGGAGGAGGGAUUGGGAUGGGAUUGGGAUUGGGCCUCGGUCUAGGAGGACUGGGCCUUGGAACAGGAGGGGGAGGCCGGCAGAGCCCGUCUGACCGACGUGGGGGCGUCAAACAGGACCCAGAAUCAGACUCAGAGCUGGAAAUCACUGACCUGAGCGACUGCAGUUCCGAGAACGAGAACGAGCCGGACUUCCCCUUGGCCAAAGAGCCCAGGCUGGGCGGGCGGCCCCACGUGCUGGAAGCCAAGACUGGGGGCCUGGCAGGGACCCUACCCCCUCUCUCUUCACUUCCUCCACCUGUAUCUCCACAUCCACUCAAAAGCCUGGUACCCCUCACUCCUCCGCCUCCAUCCCUCCCCCCGUCCCUCUCUCCCUCCCUCACUCUGGUUGACCGGCACAGAGAAACAGACUCUCUCAAACUUGCUCAUAGUUAAUGUGCUCUGUAUUCAGUACCCAUUCCAGCUACAACAAGCACUCCCUGCCUCUUCCUCUUUGUCCUUGUAUUUAUUAAUCUGGCAAAUUUAUGCUUUUUUAAAUUUGCUUUAAAAUUUGAUAUCUGGUCUUCAGUAUAUUAUCACUGGCAUCCGAAAAACCUUCUACCUCCAUUUCGCCAUUUUUCACUUUUUGACAAAGUCCUUAUAUUGUGCCAAACAGACUAGACCUGUCACAAUAAUAACAUAAUUGACUUAUCAUAAUAAUUUGAGAUUUAUUAAUAUAACAUGAACAAUGCGGUAUGUUUAAGAACAGUGGGUUUACUUUAUGCUUAAAAAUAUAUAUAUUCUUAAUUAAUAAUAGUCCAUUGCUAUU